AUGUGUGAGGUAGCACUGACUGGCACUCUAGACUUGGUGUUCGUGUCUGCUGACAGCGAGUUCUCGGUGGAGUUGAAGAAUGUGCUGUACUCUCCCAACUCGGAUACAACCUCUUCUCUCCUAGCGCAGAGUUUGACGGCUCCUAGAACCGCCUUGGUGGGCCCGACAAAGUGUUGACUGCCUUCCGUGGAAAAGUUGUGUUCCAGAACAUCAAUGGGAUGCUUGUUGCGACCGCCUAUCGUCUUGAGUAUGAGGAUAGUGAUGACUCUGUUGUUGGGUCGGUGUUGGCUGCUCUCACUCCCUCAAACCCCAAGCAUGCAAGCAAGAUGGAUAUCAACGAGUUCCAUAACAUUUACGCCCAUGCGCAUGAAGGCUUGCUUCGUACUACUGCAAAGCAGUUGAGUGUUGGGCUGACUGGUAUCAUGCAUCCUUGCACGGGUUGCUCGAUGUCGAAAGCAAAUAAAAUUGAAGGGAUCUCGCGAGAAACUAAAAAUAGAUCAUAUAAAAAGUUGGGCAGAAUUUUUGUAGACCUGGGAGGGAAGAAGGGCGUCGCGUCCAUCGGGGGUAAAUACUACCCCAUGAUUAUAAAAGAUGACUACACGAGGCGUGCGUGGUUACAUUUCCUCAAGAAGAAAUCAGACGCUGGUAAGGCUUUCACGAGUUUUCUUGCGAGUGUGUGUACUGAUGGUUUGCCGUCAUUGGUCGAGAUUGUUAGAUCUGACAAUGAGUUUUCUGGGGGGAAUUCGCGUCCGUGUGCAAUGAGCUCUUGAUUAAGCAGGAGUUCACCCCGGCUCACACUCCACAAUAAAAUGGUGUUGCUGAACGUGGCUUGGGAUUGAUAUAGGAGGCCGCGAUGGCGGCUCGUAUUAUGGCAAAGGUUUUGUUUGGGCAUUUGCAGUUGCCCAAGACUGAUAGGCUCUGGGCUGAAUCAAUGCAUUGGGCUUGCGAGGCUUUGAACCACACAGCUUGCAGUGGGAACCCUGACUCGAAGUCGCCGUAUGAUAUGUGGUACGGUGAAGCCCGUCCUGCUAGACAGUAUCCAUUCUUGAAGCCGGCGUACUGCAGGUGGCAGCGACCCUCUAAACUGCUGCCGAAGGGUGAGAGUUGCUUCUAUGUCGGCCCUUCGAGAGACCACCCGCGCGAUUGCCAUAGAGUGUUGACGAGGGGUGGGAUCAUUCAGGAGACGAGAGAUGUGACGUGGGAAGCGCUGCCGUCUGAACUCCCUCCGCCGCAACCACCGCUGCCGAUAGACCUAGAGGUAGCAGAGGAG